AUGAUUUCAUUCACUCAGAUAUUUAUUGAAGAUGAAUUCUUCCUUUCAAUACCAUUGACAAAUGCUGAUGAGAGUCUAGACUCGAGACUACAACUGAAGUACUCUUCAAUGCUUUCUGUAACGAAACUGAAUAUGAUUACUUUAUGUCAGUUUUCACAAAUUGAAGAUUCUUCGAGUAAUUCUGUGGAAAAUGUGUGUGAAGUAACAAAAUAA